UUUCCUACGAACAAACAGUAUAGGACAAGCGGACAACGUCCAAAGAAACGGAACGUCGACUAAAAAUCCAUAUUUUAUUGGCUCAAAAACGUGAGAGAAGUUCUUGAAAGGCCAAGGGCGAGGCUGGCGGAAAUGAUGCGAGCUCCAUCAUCAGCAUCUUCCUGCAUCUUCUGCCAGAUUGCCCGUUCUUCCACCUCCACUGUUCUCCUCCACUCUGAUGAAAAGGUGGUUGUUUUUCAGGACAUCAACCCUUCUGCAUUCAGGCAUUACCUGGUAAUUCCAAUAGAGCACAUUCCAACAGUGAGGAACCUUCAGAGGAGAGAUGAAGACUUUGCAUUAGUGAGUCACAUGUUAGAUGUGGGACAAACUCUGUUGCGCAAGGAUGCACCUAAUUCCAAGCAUUUCAGAUUUGGUUUUCAUCAACCUCCUUUUAACAGUGUUGAUCAUCUCCACCUUCAUUGUUUAGCACUUCCUUUUAUUCCAAGUUGGAAAUCCAUAAAAUACUUAUCUCUUGGACCACUUGGUGGAUUUAUCGAAGCUGAAAAGUUGUUGGAGAAAUUAAAGCCAUUGUCUCCUCUUACCUCAUAAACGUAGUCCAUCUUCAACUCUUUCUGGCUUGUUCCACGGUAAUCCAUUUGCUUUGCCAAAUGUAAUAUGACUAUAGCAAAGUUACCUAGGACCCUUACUGCACAGUAUUGUAUUUGUCAAGCUUCCAACUGAAAGGAAGAUAAAGCGUAAAUAGUGAUGAGGAAUUGAGGAUCAGGCAAUCUUGUACAAGUGCUGAUCUGGAUGGCGUUGCUUCGUUCAGGCUAUGUUGAUGAUUUGUAAUCUUUGUUUUGUUAAUUAGUUGAUCAAGUAAGCUAUGCAAUUGCACUGGCAUGAUCUUUUCACAGUAUCUUACAUAAUUGAAAUUUUGUUUCAUGUGAUCU